CGCGCGGCGGCCGUGGAAACGGGACGGCGGCGGGGCCGGGCGGAUUGCUGUUGAGAAAAAUGACAGCUGGCUCUGUCUCAGUUCCUCAGGUCAUACCACUUCGAAUCCCUCUUCCAGGGAAGGCUAAACAUGAAAUAGACACAAAUACUCUCGUAGAAAUAAAAUCAGAUACACCUGAAGUCUCUAUUUAUUACACUUUAGAUGGAAGUAAACCAGAACUCAUUAGGAAACCUGGCUAUGGAGAGUGUAACACUUUUAAGUAUAAGGGUCCUAUCAUAUUACCAGUUGGGAAAAUAGUGGUCAAGGCACUAGCAGUUACAAAGGACUGCAGGAAGAGUACAGUCGUAACAAAGGUGUUUCUGGUAGAGUACAAGCAACCAAACAUCCUUGUUUCUGUUGAAGAUGAUGACAAGAAUUUUCUAAAAGAUAUAGCCGCACGGAAUAAGGAAGGUGGAAUGUUUACUACAAAAUCAAGGAAGAAUGGACUGAAUGUGGAAAUCAAGCCCGCCUGGGGUGAAACACCCCAAGACUUUCAAGAAAGAAAGACUUCUCAUAGAUCCCUCCAAGGACCACAGCUCCUUGCCAGUCAUUUGGGAACAACAGGGUACAGAAAAGAAUCUGUCUCAGCACCACCAACAGAAUCAUUACAGUUUGCAAGUUCUUCUGCAGUGACAAACCAGAAAAGCUUAGCAAGCACACAAGUGUCAAGGAUCCAGAGGGAAACAGAUUUCCUUAAAUGUGCACACUGUUCUGCACCUCGCCUGUCUAAUCCGUUGGCUCACUUCUGUCAGAAAUGUGGAUCUCCUAUCCCACCUGUGCCGGUACAUCGCUUCCCACUCCCUGAAGGAAGGCAGAUGGCACCAUGUCUUGAAUGCAGACAUCCUGUGCCAAUGAAUACACCCACUUGCAUUGUAUGUGAGUCACCAAUAGCUCCACAGCUGCAGCCCCAAAACAACACCUGCAUAAAGGGUAAAGUAAUUUGUCAGGUGUGUGGCACAAGAAAUCCUCUUCACCAUAAACACUGUGCAACUUGUGAAAGCAAACUGCCUGAAAUACAGACGCCCAUGUUUGGAGGAGACACCCCCCCACCUUACCACAGCCAGCAAAGGAAGACAGUUUUGUGCUCAAAAUGGCACCGUGUUAACCAGUGUGAUGCCCGUUUCUGUGACUGGUGUGGAGCCAAGGGAUGUGCACUUGAUCCUGGACCUCCUCCAUCCUACUUUGCUUGUUUCAAGUGUGGUACAAGCAACCAGCCAUACGCUCGCUUUUGCGUGUCCUGUGGUGUUUACAUAGAGCCCCCAUCAAGGCGAGGCUCUCCGAAAGGCAGUCUUAUGGAUCCUGGGGACUCACUGGGAUCUUCUGAAAUAAGACACGCAGCUGAACAAUUACAAGCUCAAUUUGCCUGGCAACCUCAUCCUGCUUCCAUGACCAAAUCAAGGCCAGAACUAACAGAAAGAGAAGAUAAAGGAACCCAAACCAUAGGACUUUUUUACCCGUCUAGCAAACAGUUGGAAAAGAAAGAGCUUGAGCUGAUUUCACAAAAAGAAAAGAUGGAAAAGAUGAGUGAUCAUAAGCCUCUCCUGACAGCCAUUAGUCCUGGAAAAGGUUACUGGAGAAAACAGCUGGAUCAUGUCUGUGCUCACCUUAGAAGCUAUGCUCAGAACAACCUUGAAUUCAGAGCACUGAUUGGAGAACCUCGAAUGGGAAAGAUUAAUUCUGCUACCAUCUGUGAGGAUGACUAUGAAGUCACUAUUACACUGAAUUAUGUUCUUGCUAUUAACAAGGUCAGUUCAGGGGAUGAGGCCUGUUGCAAAGAUGAUCGUAAUCUUUUCCAUUCAAGAGGCAAAAUAAAGAGAACAAAGUCAAGAACACUUACAGGACAAGAAGAUAAGCUCUCUCCAGAAUCCAGACAACUACUGGAUGAACUGGGUCCAAAUGGAAAAGGAAGAAUCACCUUUAUAGAACAGUUGCUCAGUGAAGGAGCUGACCCAAACUGCAUCAGCGACGAGGAUCAACCUGCUCUCACAGUUGCUGUCCUUAACAAGCACACAGAAGCAAUCUCCCUCCUUGUGCAGAAAGGUGCCGACAUAGACCAGCAGUCAGGACUGCACAACAACACAGCUCUCCAUGAGGCAGUUCUGCUUGGAUUGGAGGGACAGGAGAGCAUCCGAGUCCUGUUACGCUGCAGUGCAAACAUACAAAAGAAGAACGCAGAAGGGCAAUCAGCAUAUGAUUUGGCUGUUACAACUGGAAAUAAUGAGGUUAUUUCAUUGUCAAGUAAGGUCGGACAGAGAACAUUGAACAAACUUAUGAAACUCAGGAACAUUGGUGUUGUCAACGUGUUACUACAACCUUUUUCCCAAAAUAGAGCUGGAGGUUCCUUGACUUUGGGAGCAUGUAAUCAUGUGUGUUCAGUUCUGUCGCAAAAUUCACAACCCUGUACGAUCAGAUUGGGCCCUGUAACAGUCAGAUAUUUUCUCCAAGAUUCCCCCCAUUCCUUUCCAGCAGGUCAGAGCAGUUUCUGACUGAACUGCACUCUGUUUUGCAAA